AUCCUAAUGUUUGCUCUUCCUCUUUUUACAUCAGUUCAGACAGUACCAACAUGGUUGCUUACAACGUCCCUGCUGCCAACGACAUCCUCGUCCCUGAAACUCUCUUGAAGAAGAACAAGGCCAACGAAAAGGCUGCCGAAACUGCUGCCUCCAAGAAGGCUGAACUUCGCAAGGCCAAGAUUGCCAAGAGACGUGAUAUCUUCAAGCGUGCCGCUAAGUAUGCUGCUGAAUACCAAGCCAAGGAACGCAACGAAAUCCGUCUCCGUCGUCAAGCCAAGGCUCAAGGUAACUACUACGUUCCCGCUCAAGAGAAGCUUGUCUUCGUUGUUCGUAUCCGUGGUAUCAAUGGUAUCGCCCCCAAGCCCCGUAAGGUCUUGCAACUCUUGCGUCUUCUCCAAAUCAACAACGGUGUCUUUGUCCGUCUCAACAAGGCUACCUCUGAAAUGCUCCAAUUGAUCCAACCUUACGUCGCUUACGGUUACCCUAACCUUAAGACCAUCCGUGAAUUGAUCUACAAGCGUGGUUAUGCCAAGCUCAACAAGCAACGUAUCCCCAUCCACGAUAACGCUGUCAUUGAACAAGCUCUUGGUAAGUACAACAUCGUCUGUGUUGAAGACUUGAUCCACGAAAUCGCUACCGUCGGUCCCCACUUCAAGGAAGCCAACAACUUCCUCUGGCCCUUCAAGCUCUCCAACCCCAACAACAUGUGGCGCGAACGUAAGUUCCUCAACUACGUUGAAGGUGGUGAUACUGGUAACCGUGAAGAAUACAUCAACAAGUUGGUUCAAUCCAUGAACUAAGAAUCUUGAUAUAAGAGAGGAAAAGGAGGUUUUUGUCCCCCCUUUUUUUUUUGUAAUAAAUCAUUUUUAUUCAUUCUGAAAUAAAUGGCUGAUUGUUUGGUAAAAAAUUGACAGUGGUC